CAUGGUGGGCUGAGGUGCAAUUUUUUUUGCCGGACAUGCAAAGUUGGUGGCACAACUGUAGACAAGAAGUCUGAUGCAGGUUACUGUAGUAUAUUCAAGUCCGCUGAACUUCGAACACCAGAGGAAAUGCUGGCGCAGGUAAAAGAGCAGGUCGAGCUUGCAAAACUGCCUGGUGGAACCACCAAAAUUCAGAGCGCUGUGGCAUCAACAGGGACCCGAGAUGCAGCUACAUCGGCGAUCAUAAAUCGCCUUCUUGAGCUUGGAAAACAGCUUCGCAAACGUGAGGCCAGGAAGCCUCCCAUUUCUGAAGCAGACGUUCGUGUACAGCUUGAGCGUGAGCUUGAGGCUGUGCUAAAUGGUUAUUCGCUUGAUGAUCAUAUCAACCCACUUCUUGGUAUGCCAAGUGUCAAUAUUUAUCAAGACACGCCCACGGAAAUCCUACAUACUGUCCUUCUCAGUGUCAUCAAGUACUUCUGGGGCCAGACAGUAUGGAUACUCGAUAAAAAUCACUUGCUCAAUACAUUCCAGAUGCGACUGGAAUCUGUCAACAAAGAAGGCUUAAAUUCACCGACUCUUGGAGCAGAGUACAUCUGCCGUUUCAAAGGAGGUUUGAUCAGCAAGCAUUUUAAGAGCCUUGCACAGGUAAUGCCAUACCUGAUCUACAACCUUGUUCCGCGCUCAGUUCUCGAUGGUUGGACUGUGAUUGGCAAGCUCGUGGUGCUUCUCUGGCACACGGUAAUUGAGAAUACUGAAGAUUACCUGGUGUGUCGCACUCUCAUCUUC